AUGUCAGAAUUCUACACCCAAGUCCAACUCAGCGACGGAGUCAAGCUCAACGUCUGUCUCCUCGGAGCUGAAAAUAAGUCCAAGCCCUUAAUAAUCUCUCUCCAUGGUGCCCCGGGACUCUCGUCACACACUGGCAUAAAAGAGGACUUCAAGUUUCUUGCAGACAGGUUCCGUGUUCUCGUGUACGAUCUUCGAGGCAGUGGAGACAGUAAUGUCAAGGGCCCUUUUACCGAUGAGCAGUGGAUCUCGGAUCUUGAAGAGCUCAGAGCUUGGGCGGGAGACGAAAAGUUCAUCCUUGCUGGAGGAUCCUACGGUGGCUUCCUUGCGCUGAACUAUGCCCUCAACUAUCCAAACCGUCUCCUGGCCUUGAUCCUUCGUAACACUUGGGCAUGCGGCCCCCAGGGUACACAUCGUGCACUGGCAAAUAUCCUUCUAUCGCACCGCAUCAAGCCAGAUCCCAUGCGCCAAGUAAGACUCUGGACCGGCAACGUACAUAGUCAGGAAGAUGCAGAACAAGGCAUGGCCGAGAUUGUCACCAUCUACACACCCGAGAGUAACCCAGAGCCUGAAACUUUCGAGGGUGCAGUUACCAAACUUCGCUGGGAGGUUCACAACGCUGCGUUUUCGUGGUCACAACCUCGUUUUGAUGUGAGGUCCAGGCUAGCUGAGAUCAAGAUUCCGACCUUGGUGGUCGCUGGAAGGCUUGACAUCAUUUGUCCCGUUGAAGAGUCUGAGAUGAUCCGGGGGUGUAUUAAGGGAAGUGAGCUUGUUAUUUUUGAGAAGUCAGCUCACAACCCUGCUACUGAUGAGCCGGAGAAGUUUCGAGGGGUUCUCUCGGACUUUCUUGGAAGGCUUGAGUGGUAA